AUGAGGUCUCGUAGCUUACCGCUCUUACGAUAUAGUGGUCGCAAUAUUCAUCGGGUCGUGCUCAGCCAAAAUGCUCGACUAGUAUCUACCACAAAGGACCUCAAGCCCAAGUCCCGUCCGACAAUCUUUGACGAGGAAACCGAUGUGCUGAUCAUCGGCUCUGGAGCCGGUGCCUUGACGGCCAGCCUGCGAGCUUCUACUCUCGGCUUGCGCAAUAUCGUCAUUGAGAAAGAAGAGACUAUUGGUGGUGCAUCGGUCAUAUCAGGUGGAGGACUAUGGAUCCCCUGCAACCCUGUAUCCAAGGCGGCUGGUAUUGAAGACUCGGAACAAGAUGCUCUGAAAUACUUCGAGCAGGCCGUAGGUGACGUGGGGCCAGCUUCGUCUCUGACGAAGAGACAAGCCUAUCUCACCUAUGGACCCAAGAUGGUCGAGUUUCUUCAGCAGCAAGGUUUUCGUUUUCAUUUCAGCAAAGGAUACCCUGAUUAUUACCCACCCAUGGAAGGAGCAAUGGGUAAAGGCGGUGGCAGAACGAUCGAGUCCAAAGCUUUCAAUGCCAAGAAGCUCGGAGCAUGGGAGUCGAAAUUGCCGCCUUCCAGGAUUCCUGCAGCCAUCUAUACGAAUGAUGCAGCGGUAUUCUCACGCCUUACGUCUUCGAUAGGCGGAUUUAUAUACGCAACUCGGAGAAUGCUUCCGCUCAUCGUCAAAGCACUUGUUGGCCAGAGGUUGACAAGCAUGGGACACGGCUUGGUGGCACAGCUUCUCUACCUCAACCUAAGGAAAGGAGAGGGGGAUAUUCGCUUGAAAACAAGUCUCUCAAAACUGGUCCAGGGGCCAAUGGGCGAGGUGAUAGGGGCGGAGGUCAGAACCUCCAAGGGCCUCAUGACCAUCGGAGCGACCCGGGGCGUGAUACUUGCUGCUGGAGGAUUUGCUCACAACCGAACAAUGCGAGAACAGUUCAUGCCAAAGCCAGUUAGCACAGAGUGGACCAACUCUCCCAAGGGAGACACGGGCGAUGCUAUUCAAGAGGGCAUGCGACUCGGUGCAGCAACAGCUCUCAUGGAUGAUGCCUGGUGGGGACCAACUAUCAUGGACCCUGCCACUGGUAUGCCGAAUUUUGCUCUUUUUGAGCGGGCGCGACCCCAUUGCUUCAUUGUGGACUCUUCCGGUUCUCGGUUCAUGAACGAGGCUCAGUCAUAUACCGAUGCUGGUCAUGAUCAAUACACUAGAAACCAGAAGGUCAAGGCCAUCCCCGCUUGGCUGAUCAUGGACUCAAAUCACCGGAACAAAUACAUGCUUGGUGGCCUUUUCGCCAGAGUGAAGCCGUCAAAAGAGGCCUUAGCCAGUGGAAGGAUCUUCUGCGCUGCGACCAUCGACGAGUUGGCGAGACAAAUCGGGGUCAACCCUGAAGGCCUGACCAAGACUACCAAGAGAUUCAACCACAUGUCUCGAGAGGGAAUUGACAGAGACUUCGGCAAAGGGAACUCCGAAUAUGAUCAAUUUUUUGGUGAUCCUAGCGCCGGAGUCAAUCCCAAUCUCGCACCCGUCACCAAGGCGCCGUACUACGCCAUCAAGAUUUGGCCUGGAGACUUGGGAACAAAGGGUGGGCUCCUGACCGAUGAGUUCCAGCGUGUUUGUGACAAGAAUUCUCGUGUGAUUUUUGGAUUAUAUGCUAUCGGCAACACAGCCGCGAGCAUAAUGGGACGGACGUAUCUAGGAGCUGGAUCAACACUAGGACCGGCGAUGACACAUGGUUAUAUCGCAGCUAGCAAUUUGAGUGGUAUGCGGUAG